UUUUGUUUAUUUCCCAACAGCAAGCUGGUCAUUGUUGAUGAAUACAAAUCAGGUAAGUUUAUAUUGUUCCUAACUGGAAAAAUUUUGCUUUCUAUGACUUGUGUUUUAACGACCACAAGUAAAAAAUGUGUAUCAUCACAUUCCAUUAUUUCUUUAUAUUUAGACACUCAACACUGUCUGCUGAAUAUCUGGUCUUAAGUAUAAAUUUUUAGUUUUAAUGUACAUAUAGAGUCUAAAUGUACUAUCGAAAAUAUGUCUAACCUGUCGUAUCUGCCAUGUGUGAUGCUGCCAUGUUUUACCUUUUUGAUUUUGAAUAUUUUAGAUGCGAGGCCAGUAUUUUAAUGAAGGUUAAUCUGAUUUUGCAGCUGCUGUUAUCUUGCACUUAAAUUUUGGUAUAUGUGUGUCAUUUUUGGCAUUAAACACUACUUAUUCUUGGCACUAAUUGAAUAAAUUCUAAAUAAAAAGUGGGUUUAAAUCAUAUUUGGUUUUAUGAGAGCUGGAGAUUUGUGUUGUGCACUAACUGCAUUCCUGACAUCUCUAAUUAAAGCCUUUAUUUAAACUCUGUUAAUUAACUGUGGACAGUAUUAACAUGUUGUUGAUACUUUGGCAAUGAAGAUGUGAGGGGAAAAAUGCCAUGAAGCUUAAAAUAAUAUGGUGUCACAGAAUUAUUAUAUUCUGUUUUGAAUAUGUUCACAUGUUCUUAUGCACUUGUGCUGUUGUUAUAAGAUCUCAGAGCUUUUUGUAGUAAAUAAAUGGUUCAUUUGACAAAGAAAUGCGAGUGUGGUAUGAAAAUGUUGUGGGCCUUAUUCUAAGAACAAACAAAAAUAAAAACCUAAAAUGAUCUAUAAACUACAGAAAUAUAAAACUACUUCACAAGCUUUUUUUUUAUUAUUAUUUUAAGUCAUCAGCGGUUAUAAGUCACUUUUUUACUACAUUCUUAUAAUACAUAAUGGUUAUAGAUAAACAUUUACUGAAGCUGUGAUUGUUCUGCUUAGCUAACUUUUGUUAAAUUUCCUGCCAGAAUGUAUGCAAGAAAACAGCUCUCAUUGCUUACUGAUGAUUUUUUUUUUGUCCCCCAAAUACGAAUGUUAAUAUUGCAUUUUUAAUACAUGUAUAAUUAAAGUUGUUUCUGACCUACAUACUAGCAUUAUAAUAAAUGAUUACAAAUUAUACAUUAUUUUUUCCCCCUUUAUAAAACAUCAACAGACAGGUGUCAUGGUUGGCUAGAAUAGACACACCCACUCAUUCAGAGGAUAUAAGACAUUUCUCUCAUAGUACAGGACUUUGUCUUCAUAUGAUAAGCGUCAGAUCAUGUGAGUAUAUCUGUCAGGUUUGACAUGUAUCAAUCUUUUUUACAUUUUUUGUUUUGUAAAUUAAAAAAAAAUGCAUUUGUCAAAUGUUGCAUGCUAGGUAGUGUGUAUGAUCAGUAAGUUUGUUGCUUAUGAUAAAAAUAAUCGCAAUUAGGGUUUGUAUAACUGCACUAUACUUCAUAAAAACGCUGUUUACUAUGACGUGGGAAACAAAAAGUAAAUGGCAGAAUUUAAUACUAUGAAGCACGCGAUGAUAAUGAUUUUAAUAUAUUCGAGUAACCUUUUAUUGUUCUGCAUACUGGAACUAGAUUAUCAUAUCCAUUAACUUUCAGACAGACACAGACCUUAUCAUUUAACAGUUAAACAUCAAUGAAGGUGACAACCAAAAACAGCAUACUGUAAGUAUAACUGAGCUUUCAGUGGUGACCGGAAGACAAAUAACUAAGAGUAACAAAUACAACAACAGCAGCUGAAACAGUGAAACAAUAAAAAGUAAUGCAUAAGCUAUAUUAUUUAUUCAUGUCGCGGAGGAGCAUUGCUGUGAUGUUAUCAUCCACAGAUUACACACAUAUGGUAAAAUUCAUCAGAAUACGGAAUGAAUGAUGAGAAAUGUUUAAUUUGCUUCUUUUUUUUAAAUUUCUUACUGUGUUGGAUGCAUUUAUUUAUUUAUUUUUUUGGCUGGUAGAAGCAUCACUUUUCAUACGUCUUGUCACGGUUUGACAAAAUUAAUUUGAGAAAAAUACGCAAAAAAUAAAUUUUUUUCCCCUAUUUUCUCGAGAGGUUUGUGUGUGUGUAUAAUAAUAAUAAUAAUCUUCACUUCGCCGUACCUCAUUUUAACUUGUUUUAAAAAUUUUAUUACACUAAAUUUUUAUAGUUGCAUUAUAGUUUACAUGAAAUUGCAAAAAAUUACAAAACAAAUGUAAAUAUAUGAAUAUAGUUUUAUUGCUAUGACAGUUUUACACCAGUUGGGCCCAUUUUCAUGAUCUCAACUUUCCCUACAAACCCCCUGCUAACUACACUCUGAGCUGUACUUUGAUAGGCUUUCUGCAAAUAAGCAAAAACUUCCUGACUUUGUUCUAAAAAUACAUUGGCACGACAUCAAAGUAUUAGUAAGACAAUGUUCCAUUUACUGCAGAUGUUACUGAAUAACUUCAUAUUAGCAGAUGUGUCUUAUCCAAAGAGAGCGUGCACUGACUGAAGAGUCAAUCCCCUGGAGCGCUCCUGGAUUAAAUGUCUUGCUCAAGGACAUAAUGCUGAGUCUUCUCGGAUAUUACAGCUGAAUAAAUAAACUUCACUGCACCAAAUUUGGAAUUUAAAGAUAAAGUGUCAUUUGUACGUCAUAGUGGCUCCAAGCAGAAAUGCAAAAAUAAUGUCUGCCAUCGAAUGAAAUUCUCUUGGGUACUAACUGUACACAUCGUUUUUCUUUUCUGAAGACAUUAAGGUUACUAAGUCUGAUCUAAAUCAGCAUGGCCACAUCUAUCCUCACUCAUAUUUUGGCUGGCCUGUUUGGCAUGGGCUCCUGGGUCACCAUCUGUGGUCUGUGGGUGGAGUUGCCUCUCAUCGUUCCACAGGUUCCUGAGGGUUGGUAUCUUCCCUCCUACAUCUCCGUUAUUGUCCAACUGGCCAACAUCGGACCUCUGUUUGUCACAUUAAUGCACCGCUUCCGCCCAGGAAUGCUCAACGAAACUUCAGUUAUCUAUUUUAUUGUUGGUUUCGGGAUACUGGCAAGCCUUUUCCUGGCUUUCUUCUGGAGUGAGACGGUAGUGGUGCAAGGCGUAGAGCGCAGCGUUCCUCUGCUGCUCCUCAUCUUCUUCAUCUCAUUAGUGGACUGUACCUCUUCGGUGACGUUCCUUCCCUUCAUGACACAGCUCAGGGCGGAGUAUCUCAUGACUUAUUAUGUAGGCGAAGGCCUGAGUGGUCUUGUCCCAGCUUUAGUGGCGUUGGUUCAAGGUGUAGGUGUAAGGGAAUGUGUCAAUGCAUCUCAAAUCCUCAGAUCCAAUGAAACACAUCUUAACGGCUCUGAAAGAGACUCUACCUACCUUGUGCCUCACUACCAACCAGCUAACUUUUCAGUUGAAGCCUAUUUUUUCUUCCUGGCGGCUAUGAUGGUGGUUUGUUUGGUGGCGUUCUUACUUUUGAACUACCAUCCAGCUGUGGCCCGAGAGCAUCCCAAUAACAUAAAUGGAAAUGAAGAUCCCAUAUCCCGCUGGAAAAACAAGAAAUCUGAACAGAAACCAAUGAUGCGUUCUCAAAAGGCUAGUCAGAAACCCAAGAGCACGUUUGGGACGGGGACGCACACAUGGAUACAAGUCAUAUACAUCUACAUUAUGCUAGCAUGGGUGACCGCUCUGACUAAUACCGGUUUGCCGUCAGUGCAGUCGUACUCAUGUUUACCAUAUGGAGACCAGGCCUAUCACUGGUCAGCAACUAUGGCAAAUAUUGCCAAUCCUAUAGCUUGUUUCAUCAGCAUGUUUUACACUCAAAGGUCCUUAUUGUUGAUGGGAGUUCUCACUUCUGUUGGCUCUCUUAUUGGAUUUUACAUUAUGGGCAUGGCUGUGUUGAGUCCAUGUCCACUGCUAGUUAAUGACACCUCUGGAGCCGUCAUUAUUGUGUUGGCAUGGUUCUUUUUCAUCUUCAUCCUAUCUUAUGUAAAAGUGAUUGUUGCUGUCAUCUUGCGAGAUGAGGGCCACAGCGCCCUUGUGUGGUGUGGAGCUGUAGUGCAGUUGGGCUCAAUGUUGGGUGCGGUGACUUUUCCUUUGGUCAAUAUAUAUGACUUUUUCACCUCUGGUGACCCGUGUAACACUUACUGUCUAUGAGACAAAUGAUCUGUAAAUAAUAUUAAAAUGAAUUAUAAUA